CUUCCGCCCGAUUGUAGCUGAGAUAGGCUCAAGCGCCCCCCGUGACCCAUAAGCGGUAGAAAAUGGAUGGAUGGAUGGAUGAUCUAAAAAUUAAACUGUCCGACUACCACAAUUUAUACUCGAUUUAACAUGUUUUAUGUUAGUGUUUCUUAAAGCCGCAAAGUUCCCAUUUCAAAUGACUAUAGUUGUGUGUCAUGUCUGUGAUCUGCUCCUGAUUUUCAUAAUUUUUGCCAGGGGUUGUAUGCUUACCUGUAUAACUUAGCUUAACAUGAAUGACAUGAGGUAAGCAAAGGUAAAUACCAAAGUGUCCCUUGUAUUCCUUAAUAAAACAUGAACAUUCCCACCUUAAUACAUGUGUUUUAGUCGUUAGUCUUCCCAUUAGGCACAAACUGUAAAUCUUUGACUGAAUCACAUAACUGUUGAGUGAGUUGAUCACCUCAGACUGCAAGAGGGUUGCUCUUCAGACUAUCACCACAUUCCUAAUGACAAAGUCAAACAGGACCAGCAUAAGAGUGGUCUGUAGGAUUAAGGAUUAGUUCUUCACUUUUCAUACGCACACACGAAUGAUGACGACACAAUCAACCAGCAAUCCAUCCCCACAAAGCUUUGUCACAGCGGACUAUGUGGUCUUUGCUGCAAUGCCCUUGAUCUCCAUGGCCAUAGGACUCUAUCAGGCCCUGAAGAAGCAGCCAGAGAAUGCAAACACUGACGACUUCUUCACCGGCGGUCGCAGUUUGCCAGCGGUGCCCGUCGGACUCUCCCUCUGCGCCAGCUUUAUGUCGGCCGUCCAGGUUUUGGGAGGUCCAUCAGAAUCUUUUCGCUUUGGUUUCAAAUUCAUCUACAUGUGCCUCGGCCAGACCAUCAACACUCUGCUGACGGCCUACCUGUUCCUGCCCGUUUUCUUCCGCCUUCGUAUAAAAAGCACCAAUCAGUAUCUGAAGAUUAGGUUUGGAAGAGGGAUGCAGCUGCUCGGCAGUUUCCAGUUUCUUUUGGCCACAGUGCUUUACACAGGCGUUGUCAUCUAUGCACCAGCACUGAUCCUCAAACAAGCUACUGGACUCAAUAUGUGGCUGUCUAUUUUCUCGACUGGAAUCAUCUGCACCCUGUACACAACACUGGGGGGCAUAAAAGCUGUGAUCUGGACUGAUGUGUUCCAGAUCAUUGUCAUGGUUUCAGGCUUUGUGGCCAUUUUGGUCCACGGCACACUUCUUGUUGGUGGUCCCGCAGUGGUACUGGAAAUUGCCAACAACGGAUCGCGGCUUAAUUUUAACGAUUUUGACUUCGAUCCACGACGGCGUUACACCUUCUGGAGCUUGUCUGUGGGGGGUGCAUUUGUUUGGCUGUCCAUGUAUGGAGUAAACCAAGCUCAAGUGCAGCGUUACAUCUCCUGCCGAACAGAGAAAGACGCCCAGUGGGCAUUAUUUGUCAACCAGUUGGGCCUUUACCUAAUUGGAGGCAGUGCAAUAGCCUGCGGCAUCGUCAUGUUUGCUUAUUAUAGCAACUGCGAUCCACUGAAGGCCGGCAUAUUGUCUUCACCUGAUCUAUACGUGCCAUACUUUGUGCUGGAUAUAUUCAGGAACUAUCCUGGCUUUCCGGGUCUUUUCCUGGCCUGCGCAUACAGCGGCACGUUGAGCACAGUUUCCACGAGUAUCAACACGAUGGCUGCAGUAACAAUGGAGGACAUCUUACAACCUCAUCUGCUCCACAUGAACCAGAAGAAGCAGAUCCUUCUUUCCAAAGGACUAUCCCUCGUCUAUGGAACUGCAUGCAUGAUUGUAGCCGCUCUAUCCUCUUUGCUGGACUGGGGAGUUCUUCAGGGGUCGUUUACUGUCAUGAAUGUAAUCGGUGGUCCAUUACUGGGCGUGUUCAUCUUGGGGAUAUUUGUUCCUGCAACAAACAGACUGGGGGCAUUCUUAGGAUUAUCAGUGGGUUUCUGUGUGUCUCUGUGGCUGGCUGUUGGUUCUAUUCUCUACCCGCCCAGCGAGGCGACCAAGGGUGUGCUGCCAAGUUACGUGGACCAGUGUGAACCUGGAAUCCUGAAUUACACUCAACAUCAUCUACAUUCCAUCUCAACGCCACUUCUCCCUGACAACCCCAGGGGCCUGCAUGGUUUCUACGCCAUAUCCUAUCUCUAUUUUGGUGUCGUAGGAACAAGCGUGGUUGUCCUAGUUGGGAUCUUUGUGAGCUUUGCAUCAGGACCAACAAAGAGAGCUGAUCUUAAAGAUGGUUUAUUGUGGUGGGACCUGGGUAAAAAGCGGGAGGCCACCCUGGCAGAAUGCAAGGUUCCACAAAGUCUACAGCUUGUGCCUUUGAAAGAAGCUGCACACGCAUGAUGAAAAAUGUUUGGAAUAUUAAGGCCCCAUCUCCAACUGUAACAAGAUAUGUUGUUCCUAGUAAAAUUCUUAUUCAUCAUGUGAGUUUCUUUAACAGGCCACCUCUACAAAAU